GGACUAACGCCUCAGCCUCUGAUCAGCUGAGUCUGGCUCUAGCCUGGAACAGAGUGGACAUCGCCCGCAGUCAGAUAUUCGUCUACGGACACCACUGGCCCCCGGUGAGGCCCUCAGCCAAUGAGCGGCCGAAGAGUCCAGGGGCCCAACGAGCAGGAGGGGGGGGAGGGGGAGGUGGGUGGAAGGGUAAAGCCCGCACGAAGAAAGGAAAAGGAGGAAAAACCAAACCGGAGCCGCCGGAGGAAACAGACCCGAGGAAACUGGAGAUGCUCAACUGGGUGAACUCUCUGGAGCAGGCCAUGAUGGACGCUCUGGUUCUGGACCGGGUGGACUUCGUGAAGCUGCUGAUCGAGAACGGAGUGAACAUCCAUCACUUCCUCACCAUCCCCCGCCUGGAGGAGCUCUACAACACGAAGCUGGGUCCGGCGAAUACGCUGCACUUCGUGGUGCGAGACGUGAAGAAGGGGAACCUGCCCCCGGACUACCAGAUCACCCUGAUCGACAUCGGCCUGGUUCUGGAGCUGCUGAUGGGGGGGGCGUACCGCUGCAACUACACCAGGAAGAGCUUCAGGACUCUUUACAACAACCUGUACGGCCUGAAGAGGCCUAAAGCUCUGAAGCUCCUCGGGAUGGAGGAUGACGAGCCGCGAGCGAAGGGCAAGGGGAAGAAGAACAAGAAGAAGGAGGAGGAGGUGGACAUCGACGUGGAUGACCCGGAGCUCAGCCGGUUCCAGUACCCGUUCCACGAGCUGAUGGUGUGGGCCGUGCUCAUGAAGCGCCAGAAGAUGGCGCUGUUCCUGUGGCAGCGCGGCGAGGAGGCCAUGGCCAAAGCUCUGGUGGCCUGCAAGCUCUACAAGGCCAUGGCCCACGAGUCGUCUCAGAGCGAGCUGGUGGACGACAUCUUCCAGGACCUGGAGAACAACUCCAAGGAAUUCGGGCAGCUGGCCUACGAGCUGCUGGAUCAGUCGUACAAACACGACGAGCAGGUGGCCAUGAAGCUGCUGACCUACGAGCUGAAGAACUGGAGUAACUCCACGUGUCUGAAGCUCGCCGUUGCUGCCAAACACCGAGACUUCAUCGCCCACACCUGCAGCCAGAUGCUGCUCACCGACAUGUGGAUGGGCUGCCUGAGGAUGGGCAAGAGCAACAGCCUGGAGGUGAUCUUAGGGCUGGUCUUCCCGCCUCUAAUCCUCCUCAUGAAGUUUCGUCUUGGAGAGGAAUCUUCCUUUCAUUCGUCCAGAGAGAACGACGAGGGCAAAAACAAAGACGACGACAAAUCCAGCAAGGACGCCGCCUCCAACGUGGACGCCACGUCAAAGAAAGGAGACGAGGAUGAAGACCAGAAGAAGAAGAGGAAGACUCCCAUCGGGAAGAAGAUCUAUGAGUUCUACAACGCUCCCUUCACCAAGUUCUGGUUCAACACGCUCUCCUACCUUGUGUACCUGGCUCUGUAUAACUACAUCAUCCUGGUGAAGAUGGAGCGCUGGCCGUCCCUGCAGGAGUGGAUUGUCAUCUCCUACAUCAUCACGCUGGGCCUGGAGAAGGUCCGACAGAUCCUGAUGUCGGAGCCCGGGAAGCUGAAGCAGAAGAUCAACGUUUGGAUGGAGGAUUACUGGAAUAUCACGGACAUGGCGGCCAUCGCCGUGUUCCUGCUGGGUCUCCUCCUGCGGCUGCAGAGCGAACCCUCCAUGGGCUACGGACGCGUCAUCUAUUGCGUGGACAUCAUCUUCUGGUACAUCCGAGUCCUCGACAUCUUCGGCGUCAACAAGUACCUGGGGCCCUACGUCAUGAUGAUCGGGAAGAUGAUGAUCGACAUGCUGUACUUCGUGGUCAUCAUGCUGGUGGUCCUGAUGAGCUUUGGCGUGGCGAAGCAGGCGAUCCUUCACCCGGACGAGGAGCCCACCUGGAGGCUGGCCCGCAACAUCUUCUACAUGCCUUACUGGAUGAUCUACGGAGAGGUGUUUGCAGACUCCAUAGACUUGUAUGCGAUGGAAAUCAACCCUCCGUGUGGAGACAACUUGUACGAUGAAGAUGGGAAGAAGCUCCCCCCCUGUAUCCCCGGCGCCGGGCUCACCCCCGCCCUCAUGGCCUGCUACCUGCUGGUGGCUAACAUCCUGCUGGUCAACCUGCUCAUUGCUGUCUUCAAUAACACGUUCUUCGAGGUGAAGUCCAUCUCUAACCAGGUGUGGAAGUUCCAGCGCUAUCAGCUGAUCAUGACCUUCCACGAUCGGCCCAUCCUGCCCCCCCCCCUCAUCGUCUUCCCACACAUUUACAUCAUGCUGCGCAGACUCUGCUGCCGCUGCCGGCGCCGGACCGACGGCGAGCGCGAUGACGGCGAGAGGCGCCUCCAGCUGGUGUUGAGUGCGGAGGAGCUGAAGAGUCUGCAUGAGUUUGAGGAGCAAUGUGUGGAGGAGUACUUCAGAGAGAAGGAGGACGAGAAACAGUCAUCCAACAACGAGAGGAUCAGAGUCACCUCAGAGAGGGUGGAGAACAUGUCCAUGCGUCUGGAGGAGGUGAACGAGCGGGAGCACUCAAUGAAGGCGUCCCUGCAGACCGUGGACCUCCGGCUGACUCAGCUGGAGGAGUUUUCCUCCCGGAUGGUGAGUGCUCUUGAGCGGCUGGGGGGACUUGACCGGGCCGAGCUGGUCUGCAGCCGGGGCUCCUCCCUCUGCGAGGGCCCGGGCCUGCUGCGCCACGGCAGCAUGAACAGCAGCGACGGGUACAGCCUGUACCGUUACCAGCUGGAGCUGGAGGACCGGGGCCCCGGGUCUCCAGAGGGGGGGAAGGGCCUCUCCGGGUCUCCAGAGGGGUGGAAGGGCCUCUCCGGGGACACGGAGGGGGGGAAGGGCCUCUUCGGGGACACGGAGGGGAGGAAGGGCCUCUCCGGGGACACGGAGCUGGGGAAGGGCCUCUCCGGGGACACGGAGCUGGGGAAGGGCCUCUCCGGGGACACGGAGCUGGGGAAGGGCCUCUCCGGGGACACGGAGCUGGGGAAGGGCCUCUCCGGGGACACGGAGAUGAGGAAGGGCCUCUCCGGGGACACAGAGCUGGGGAAGAGCCUCUCCGGGGACACAGAGCUGGGGAAGAGCCUCUCCGGGAAGACGGAGGAUGGGAAGGGCCUCUCCGGGGACACGGAGCUGGGGAAGGGCCUCUCCGGGGACACGGAGCUGGGGAAGAGCCUCUCCGGAGACACGGAGCUGGGGAAGAGCCUUUCCGGGAAGACGGAGGAGGGGAUGGGUCUCUCCGGGGACACAGAGCUGGGGAAGGGCCUUUCCGGGGAGACGGAGGAUGGGAAGGGCCUCUCCGGGGACACAGAGAUGGGGAAGGGCCUCUCCGGGGACACAGAGAUGGGGAUGCGCGUCUCAGGGGGGACGGAGGAUGGGAAGGGCCUCUCCGGGGACAUAGAGCUGGGGAAGGGCGUCUCCGGGGGGAUGGAGGAUGGGAAGGGCCUCUCCGGGGACAUAGAGCUGGGGAAGGGCGUCUCCGGGGGGAUGGAGGAUGGGAAGGGCCUCUCCGGGGACACAGAGAUGGGGAAGGGCCUCUCCGGGGACACAGAGAUGGGGAAGGGCGUCUCAGGGGGGACGGAGGAUGGGAAGGGCCUCUCCGGGGACACAGAGAUGGGGAAGGGCCUCUCCGGGGACACAGAGAUGGGGAAGGGCCUCUCCGGGGACACAGAGCUGGGGAAAGGCGUCUCUGGGGACACAGAGAUGGGGAUGGGCCUCUCCGGAGACACAGAGCUGGGGAAGAGCCUCUCCAGGGACACAGAGGUGGGGAAGGACCUCUUCAGGGCCGGGGACAUUGAGGGGGGCAACGAGAGCUUCCAACUGAGCCCAGAGAGACGAGCCAGACCCCUGAGAGGGUGGACUCUGGAGGUGGGGGUUUCCAGAGAGAGGACUCAGUCUCUGUCCAACGUUAACAUCCUGAUCUCCCCCUGCCCCCCCUACCCCAACCCCCCCAUCAGCCCAGACCCUCCGGAGGAAACCCGGCUGUGGGGUUCGGUGUCCUUCCCCCUGGAGAGGUCAAAGGUCACGCAGUAUCUGUCCUCCCCCACCCUCAGCAGCUCCUCCAAUAGGAAGUUCUUCAGCAGCACAGUCAUCUGUAGCUCCGCCCACCAGGACCCGGAGGACAAACAGGAAGUGGAAGAGAGUAACAUCGGAGAGGGGGAGGAGCCUCUGGAGGACAGGAUGUACCCAACGCUGCGCUCCAAGAGUCUGAACAUCAAGCAGAGGAAGACGAGGAAGAAGGAUGGCGAGGAAACGCUGCGAACCGCCGGCAGCGUGAAGGACCUGGUGUUCAGAGACUCCGACUGAUGAACAUGAAACAAACGCAGAGGAAACAAAAGGAACUUUGUUAUUUUAUUAUACAAAGAACCAGGACUUUUUAUCCGAGUAAUACAUGCCGCCCUUUCCUGGUUUUUAUUAUGUGACUAAAUACAGAUUUACUCUACAGGUCCCAAACCUCUUCCAUCAGGAGAAACGUACUGCAGCUUCAGAAACGAUGCAGAUAGAACAUCAUAACUAUUCCAUACAUGAAGAAACAUCUUUAAAACACAACGGAAAGCAGGACCACAUUGUUUUAUUUGAUUUGUCUGUCACUAAAAUGUAUUUUUCAGCAUCUUUUUGAAAUAUGGUCUAGCUGCAGCCUCCGCAAGUACACGACACGCCUACCUGACACGACACUACGGUUGGCUGAGAGACAUUGACACCGUACAUGGCAGAUUAAAAACGAAUUGCAAAUGUUAUUGUAGCAUUUUAAGCAACUAUUAGGCACAUUAUUAAUCUAUCUAUCCGUUUGAGACACAACAGUAUAAUGACUUUAAGCACAAAUCAUUUUGUCUAAUUAAUAAAUAAAAA